CUCUGUCCUCUCUUGUCUUCUGUGUGUGACUUCUCCACAGCGCUGUCACUAGUUUGCCUGUCUCUCGUCAUAGCUAACUAGGUCACAAGCUAGCUGAAGUUCGUUGGGGAACAUCGCUUUGAAGUUGAUGUCUUUACCGUCUUGUUGUCCCUUUCGUAAAGUUAGCAUUAUAUGCAUCUGUGUCCAUGUAAAUGUCAAGAAAGUGAGGUAAACGUUCACGUACGAGUUUUCACCCCUGUUGUUGCCUCACUAGCUUUCAUAACUAACGAAUACUUUGGCUACACUAGCUAGCUGUGUUGGUUAAUGGGGUCUUUAAAGCUGCAAUUCAUCAUUUUACAUUUGAGUGUCGAGUUACAGUCAGACAGUGGCACUAACGUGUCCUCCACGCUUUCUUCAGAGAUUUGGGCUUGGAUUACCUCUCUCCAGUCAUGCCUUUUCCUUUUGGGAAGUCGCAGAAGAGUCCAGCUGAUAUAGUGAGGAGCUUAAAGGAGAAUGUGGCAUACAUGGAAAAGCUGGACGCUGCAGACAGCAAAAAGUGCGAAAAGGUUGCAGAGGAGGUGUCAAAAAAUCUGGCAACACUGAAGGAUGUAAUUUGUGGCACAAGCGACAAGGAGCCUCAGACCGAGGCAGUGGCUCAGCUCGCACAAGAGCUGUACAAUACCAACCUCCUCAUUGCACUCAUCGCAAACCUGCAGAGGAUUGAUUUUGAAGGGAAGAAGUAUGUGGUUCAUUUGUUCAGCAAUGUUGUCAGACGUCAGAUUGGCACUCGCACGCCCACAGUAGAGUACAUCUCUACACACCCAGAGAUCCUCUUCAUGCUUCUGAAAGGAUAUGAGAGUGCAGAGGUGGCUCUGAACUGUGGGAUGAUGCUGAGGGAGUGUCUGCGUCACGAGCCUUUGGCAAAGAUGGUGCUCACCUCUGAUGAUUUCUACUGCUUCUUCCAUUAUGUCGAGCUCUCGACCUUCGACAUUGCCUCAGACGCAUUUGCCUCAUUCAAGGAUCUCCUCACAAGACAUAAGAUUUUGUGUGCGGUUUUCCUGGAGAACAAUUAUGACAAGGUGUUUAUAGCGUAUGAGAAGCUCCUGCAUUCUGACAACUAUGUUACCAAACGACAGUCUUUGAAGCUCCUUGGGGAACUUCUCCUGGAUAGGCACAACUUCACUGUCAUGACAAAGUACAUCAGUCGUGCAGAGAACUUGAAGCUGAUGAUGAACUUGUUAAGAGACAACAGCCGAAACAUCCAAUUUGAAGCCUUUCAUGUCUUCAAGGUUUUUGUUGCAAAUCCCAACAAGACUCAGCCUGUGCUGGACAUACUGCUGAAGAACCAGGCCAAACUGGUGGACUUCCUGAGCCAUUUCCAGACGGACAGAUCUGAGGACGAGCAGUUCUGCGAUGAGAAGAAUUAUCUGAUUAAGCAGAUCCGGGACCUGAAGAGGCCCACGGCACCGGAAGAAGCUUAAAAGCCUCAGUGAUGACUGCUCCAUCAGGUGGUAGAUUUUAGAGGUAGUGGAGAGGGCUAAGUGCGAGUCUAAGAGACAUGCUUCAUUAAGAUUUAAUAUUAACUUCAAAAUAUUGGAAAAAAAGUAAACUUGCUUCAUUUUCUGUUUUAAGUGUGGAUAUGGAGGUGAUUUCUAUCCAGAAACCUGAGUGGGCCAAGAACUGUUAUUUAAACCAUAGUGUUUCUUCUUCAGUCAUAAAAUGCAUUUAGUCUGUUUUAGUAAUGGUGAACUUUAAACUGUUACCCUUCCACAUUCUUUGUUGCUGGCAGAGACCUUUAGAAUGAUAGAAACAUCUCCCCAUUCACAGCCAACACAAAUUGUGAGGAAGUCUUGAAUGAAUUUAAUUUCUUGAAACUAUAUUUUAGAGGUUGGCAUAAAUAUAUUAUUUUUCUAAUCUAUCUUUGUGGUAAACAUUUGAAAUCAUGGAGUAACCUUUCUCACAGAAAACAGUGCUUAGCCUAACAAGGCACACAGUUUGUUUUGUUGCCUUAUUUAAAGCUGGUGUAUUGCACAGGGACUUAAAUGAUCUUUAUAAUAUAACUUUGAGAUGUUCGGUCGUUCAUGCCGGUUCAGCACACGGGGGGAUUGCGUAGUGCUUUGUCCUUUUGGUCAAGGUUUGAAAUGAUCCUGCUGUGCUGUACUGUGCUGAUGAUGUAUUAGCUGGCACAGGAAGACACAAUCUAAACCAUAGAGGAAUCCAUUUAUUGUUCUGCCUUUUUGGGCUGUGUUCACUGAGGCUUAUAUGACUGAAAUAGACAUACAGCAUCAGAUAAUGCUGCAGGGUAGUAGCCACCCAUUCAGUGCUAACAUGAACAGCCAGGAUAUACAAAUUGAUGUCACUUGGAACACUCCAUUUCAUCUGUACAUACUGACUGAGCACAGAAAGCAAUAAGUCCUUUGAAAUAAUAAUUUAACAAGUACCUGAUUCAUGUUGUUGUAGCCAUUUCUCUAUUACAGUAUAAGCACUGUCUAAAACAAGGAAUAAUACUGCAGACUACACUGAGGCGUUGUGUUAGGAUGCAUCAUAGGUAUGUUACACAUACACGAUAUGUAAUUCAUGUUAUUUGUUGACAUGGCAACAUGUGAGACUUUGUACUAACUUGUUGUCUUUCUUUAACUUCAGAACUGAGCAGAGUGUAGGAAAUGGACAUUGAUUUAACUGAAAUUUUCUACUAAAACUAAUGAGAAUAAAAUCCUUUAAAAAAGAAAAUAGAGGGAUGCACACACAUUAUUUUGAAUAUCAUAUUCUCUUCUGAUAUUGUUGUAAUAACACAUUCUAAUAUUCACUGUAACAUAACUGUGAUGCAUCAGAAAGCACUUUCCUGUCAUCACUUUCUCAAAAAAAAAAAACUCCACAUGCACUGUUAAACCCUGAACAAGUGUGUUUUGGAUGAUGAGCACUGGAUUCAUUCCUCACAUACAUUACUGAACAGUUAGACUUCUUAAAAAUACUUUUGUUAAUAGAAUUGGCUUACUUCUGCCGUUCUGUCACAGAAAUGGCAUAUUAGAAAUUUCAAGAUGUGUUGUCUGAGCGCACACGCAGUUUUCUUCGUACAUACCUCAUGGGGUUUGAGUUCUUUCCUUCAUAGACAUAUUUUAUUUGACAUUUUAUAUUCAAACUUGAACAGGGACUGCAACCUGGUUUUCACAAUGGAAAACUAGAUUUUUAAACUUAAAUAUUUCAUUGGGUGGUGCCACACAAAUGUUAAUUCAUAAUGAAUUGCAGUUUGGUGCCCUGAAAUGAAUGUUGCCUUAUUUAAAGACAUUUAAGGGAUUGUAAUAAUACAUUAUUCCACACCUCUUCAUUUGUUUUUAAUCCAAAGUCAGUUUAAAAUGUUAAAAAUGCACAUGAUGGUGCAGUUAAGGUUUAUUAUCAAUCUGCACCAUAGUCUCCUAGUGUGACCCUGUGAGUUUAGGGCUACACUCUGCACCAGAUACUCAGUCUAAUGUGAAUGUGGUACAUUAUGCAGACUGAACAGGUGUCCUGCACAGCGCACACUCAUGUCUCCAGGUCGCGACAGAACGUUAGUUUCUUACAAUAAUCGGAUGGUGAUCAACAUUUCAUCUUCUACCCUCGUCCACGAUCAAACUGUGAUUUUACAAAAAAAUAAUGUCUGUGUUCAGCAGAAAUACCCUAAUGUUUCCACCGCGUGUGCAGAUGUGUAGUACAUUCAGACACCCUUGAAAUGUGAGUUCAGACAUGUUGUGCACUGUGUAAAGGACGUGCUGUACACAGACACCCCACCAGAGGGAGCAGUUGGCAACAAUUUGCAUCUUGCAUCAAUUGUACAAACAAAGCAUUUCAUGUUUCUAUAACCCUACCUCUAAUUUUAAGUAUAUAAAUCACUGACAAUAUUAUACAGACAUUGACACAAAUCCCUCAAGAUCAAUACUAUAUAUAUAUAUAUAUGUAUGUAUAUACAUACAUAUAUGUAUCAUGAUUUAAAGUUCUCUGUUUAAGUAUUUGUUGUGCUUUACUAUAUUUUAUCCUAUUGCCUUUUUUUUCCCUGUCUUUUUCCACACUCUGAAUAUUCUCUUUAUUUACCAUGGGAGUGAAUUAUGUGUACAUAACUUUAUAAAGGGUAAAAUUGUAAAAGCAUUCAUGACAAUAAAACUUUAUUGCAAUUAA